GGCGGCGGCGGCGGAGGCGGUGAUCGCGCGCAGAGGCUGUCCCGAAGCCGGGCGGUGGGGCCUUCACCAUGCCGGGGAUGGUGCUCUUCGGCCGGCGCUGGGCCAUCGCCAGCGACGACUUGGUCUUCCCGGGGUUGUUCGAGCUAUUCCUGCGUGUGCUUUGGUGGAUCGGCAUCGUGACCUUGUACGUCCGGCGCCGGGGGGAGCUGGACUGUACGGGCGGGGCCCCGCUCCGAAGCUACCUGAUCGUCCUCAUCGUCCUGCUGGCCAUUAUCAUAUGUGCCAUGGUGGCCAUCGUGGGCGUCAGCAUGAGAGGGACCAUCUGCAACCCGGGGCCGCGGAAGUCCAUGGCGAAGCUGCUGUACGUCCGCCUCGCGCUCUUUGUGCCCGAGAUGGCCUGGGCUUCGCUGGGGGCCACCUGGAUAGCAGGCAGCGUCCAGUGUGACAGGAUAGUUGUGAACAGCAUCAUCGCGACGGUCGUGGUCAGCUGGAUGAUCAUCAUCUCCACUGUGGUCACCAUUGUCAUCGUCUUUGACCCCCUGGGGGGGAAGACAGCGGCUCUGUACCCCGCUGCUGGCACCAACCUCCUGGACAGUCACGAGUCGAGCCAGUUUCUUACGGGCCUCAAGACGGCAGCCACGAGCGUGUGGGAAACCAGAAUCAAGCUCCUGUGCUGCUGCGUUGGGAAGGACGACCACACUCGCGUUGCCUUCUCUAGUACAGCGGAGCUUUUCUCAACCUUCUUCUCAGACACAGAUCUAGUGCCCAGUGACAUCGCAGCAGGCCUCACCCUGCUCCACCAGCAGCAGGACAGUCUCAGGAACAGCCAGGAGCCCAAGGAAGUGAUCAGCCACUCCCCAGGCUCCUCCCAGGAAGCCGACCUGGGUGCAGAGUUAGCGAACUGCCACCACUACAUGCAGUUCGCGGCGGCUGCCUACGGGUGGCCCCUCUACAUCUACAGGAACCCGUUCACCGGGCUCUGCAAAAUCGGCGGCGACUGCUGCAGAAGCAGGACAACAGACUAUGACUUGGUUGGAGGUGAUCAGCUCCACUGUCAUUUUGGCUCCAUCCUGCAAACGACAGGGCUGCAGUACCGGGACUUCGUUCACGUCAGCUUUCACGACAAGGUCUAUGAGCUUCCCUUUUUAGUGGCUCUGGAUCACAGGAAAGAAUCCGUGGUGGUCGCUGUGAGAGGAACCAUGUCCCUGCAGGACAUCCUCACAGACCUGUCAGCGGAGUGUGAGACCCUGGACGUAGAGUGUGACGUGGAAGACCGUUUGGCUCAUAAGGGGAUUUGUCAGGCUGCCUCCUACGUGUACCGACGACUCAUCAACGAUGGGAUUCUGAGCCAGGCCUUCAGCGUCGCUCCUGAGUACCGGCUGGUCGUGGUGGGGCACAGCCUGGGGGCGGGCGCUGCGGCCCUGCUGGCCUUCAUGCUCAGAAGCGCCUACCCGCACGUCCGCUGCUACGCCUUCUCCCCGCCCCGGGGGCUGCUCAGCAAGGCCCUUCAUGAAUACUCCAAGGACUUCAUCGUGUCCCUUGUCCUGGGCAAGGAUGUGAUUCCCAGGUUAAGUGUGGCCAACAUGGAAGACCUGAAGAAGAGGAUCUUGCGAGUGAUUGCUCACUGCAACAAGCCCAAGUACAAGAUUCUGCUGCGCGGGUGCUGGUACGAGCUCUUCGGAGGGGACCCGGACAGCCUGCCGACCGAGCUGGACGGGGACGGCCACGCGGACCUGACGCAGCCUCUCCUCGGGGAGCAGAGCCUGCUGGCCCGCAGCUCCCCGCUGCCGUCCCCCACCAAGUACCCGCCCCUCUACCUUCCCGGCAGGAUCAUCCACCUGGAGGAGGAGGGCACCUCAGGGAGGUGCUCCUGUUACACCUCUCAGUACACCGCCAAGUGGGCCUCGGAGUCGGAGUUCAGCAGGAUACUCAUCGGCCCAAAGAUGCUGACAGACCACAUGCCGGACAUCCUGAUGAGAGCCCUGGACACGGUGGUGUCCGACAGGGCUGCCUGCGUUUCCUGUCCUGCCCCCGGAAGCUUCAGCGUGGACGACGGGCUCCCGCCGCUGUGACUCACACCCGGGCAAAUCCCGUGGCGCCAGGGCGUCGCCUUCAAGGAGAAAAGCCACCAGGGAAACCUGCCUCCAGCGAUACCUGGCACAGGGCUGCUCAGCGGUCACAGCCAGACCACAUCUGCUUCUGAAAACCUGCAGAGGGCCCUUUGAAAACUUCACUAGAAAUGCCAUGAAAUGUCCAACUUCUACAAGUUCGUUUUCUGGACCUAAUUCCUAUACGUUCUCGGCACAAAAGUAAGAAAUCUCAGACGCUUUGAAUGAUGCUGUCCUGCUAUGAGGCACCUCUGUGCUCAGCGUUCCCUGCUUUCGAGGCCCCCGGCCCGUGAGGGCGCGCCAAGGGCGGCUGGUGAUGGGAGGAGGAAGGGACUGAGAGGGACAGGCGCAGGAGAAGCUUCGCGCCACCCCAGCUGCGGGCGGGCAACAGCAGAAGCUCUGUGACCCCCACUGGAAGGUGGUGUUCAGGGAAUUAAAACAGAACCCCCCAGAACUUAAAAGCAUGAAAGACGACAUCAACAGAAACGGACACCUGAACAGUAGGAGCCACGAGGCUCCAGAUGAAGGGCCCCCAGAGCAUAAGGGACAGAAAUACACCCAGGCGCUGGGAGACCCAGGGCAGGUCCCACAAGGAUCCCGUGCGGUGGGCGUGGCCAACGAAGCGGACCGCUGCCUCCAAGACCCCGGAAGGGGAGUUAGUGCCAGCUUGGCCUUGCAGGCCCUGCCAGAAGGUAGCAGGGUAGAAGGAAGUGAUUUUCAAAGCUGUGAGGGUUCAAAAAAGAGCAAUUUCACACAGGCCUCAGGGAGCUCUUGGAGAACCUGUUCACCAAAAUGAGGAAGUAAAUGAAAAAACAAGGCAUCGGGCGGUGGCGAUCACUACCACCACGUUAGGGACACUCGAGAGGAUCCUGACACUAGGAAAGUGAAAGCUGAUGAAACACACGACCCACCCACGUGAACAGCUUAAGAGAUUCAGGCCACAGAAAACAGCUUCGAAUGAAGUACUAAUUACCUCAAGAGAAACCAAAAGCUGUCUAGGAAGGGUCAAAUCCUGUUACUGCGUGGCUCAGCUGGGAGCCACCAAGCAGUAAGCGCCAGCCACAAGACCCGUACGGAGGGCAUGGGAAAGGCUGGGGGCCGCAGGGCAGCUGGCAGUGGGGCGCCCUCACCUUGGCCAAGACAGGAAUGUCGGUGGGAAGGGGAGGAGCUGACAAACCCAACUACCCGUGAAAACGCGUGGUGUAUGUAGACGGACCCCCCAGGCAGGGGCUGGCGGGCCACUCCAUCCCCAGCAGGUGUAGUCCGUCCUGCCCGUGUGACAGGUCGCCGUAAAAGCCUAGAGGGUGGGUCCUGAGCGCGUCCCUGUCGGCGAGCACGUGGAGACUCAGGGAGACUCGGGGAGUGUGGACCGCACCCUUGCCCCACGCAUCUCGUAACAUCUGGCUGAGCUACAGCCUUUUCUAAUACGGCGGUGACCUGGCAAGGAAAAACAGCCUAUGAUUUACACGCGUGGAGACAAAUGUCGAAAGAUCUCAAAAGUAGUUGGCUCUGGCGGGGUAUAAAAGGGGAAGGCUGCCUUUAUCGGAGCAAACCUUUACAUUUGGUCUUUAAACAGUGUAUUCGUCUUUGGUGAAAAAGGAACUCAAGAUAUUCCAAGGACUAAAAAAUAUUUAGAAAGAGAUUCUAGCAUGAACUGUUUAUAGCACAACUUCAUGCUCCAGAAAGAUCUGCAAGGCACAGUCAGCUUCCGCCCUACCAAGAUGCCAACUCAGGUCCCAGCAUCCCACGUUCAGCCCGGAGCCCAGAGCCCUGGCUCGAGAUACCCGUGUAAUGCGCGUGUGCACACACAAGCACACGUCCCAAGGCGGACACUGUCCCUGACCAACGCCCAACCGGUCUGAACCCAACCACCCCUCGUCAACCCUCCCCCCUUGCGGGGUGGCGGACACUGUGCUGAACCCUCCGUCUCCCCUACAGGGGCUGCUCCCUGCCCCCAGCACAAGAACACGCACCGACUGAACACAAAACACGGCAAGCGCACUCCCGGCUGCUGUUGGUCUCGAGAACUCAAGCUCUGGCGCGCGUCUCCCCAACCGGGGUCCCAGCCUCCAGGCCCCACGGCAGGAGGCGAGCCUGGAUGUAAAGUGCUUGAAUCCCCUGAAACCACCCCUCUCCCCAGAAGGUGGGAAAACUGUCUUCCACAGAACUGGUCACUGGUGCUAAAGAGGUUGGUGGCCACUGUCCUAAAUCCUAAAGGUCCCCACAAGACUUGCAACCAGGGGAGCAGUGGGCAGCGGCAGCACAUCUGGAGCUGCCCCCCCCCCGAGCCUGUCUCAAGGCCCCUCCUCUGGCUCCCCAAUGAGCCAACGCAGCCACGCCG